UAGUUGCAGAAAGAUGACGUCUUAGCAACACGACAGCGCGCGAGUCGCUGAGAGAAUUGGCGGGACGGUUUGUUGUGACAUGCAACCGAGUUGUCCGCGUUUUUACCGUGUUUUAAUGUUUUAGUUGCGCGACUGAAACCCCGGUCGCCGCACAGCAGUCGCGCGCGCUGUUUUAAACACACUAAAGAAAGUUUGACAUGGAGUCUUUUCAGAAAGUGGAGAAGAUCGGCGAGGGAACGUACGGGGUGGUUUAUAAAGCCAAGAACAAGGUCACGGGAGAAACGGUCGCGCUGAAGAAGAUCAGACUGGACACGGAGACAGAAGGCGUCCCGAGCACCGCCAUCCGCGAGAUCUCCCUGCUGAAGGAGCUCAACCACCCGAACAUCGUCAAGCUGCGCGAUGUGAUCCACACAGAAAACAAACUUUACCUCGUCUUUGAGUUUCUUCACCAGGAUCUGAAGAGGUUUAUGGACUCGUCAUCCGUCUCCGGUAUAUCCCUCGCGCUCGUCAAGAGUUACCUGUUUCAGCUGCUCCAGGGUUUGGCUUUCUGUCACUCACAUCGGGUUCUCCACAGAGAUCUCAAACCUCAAAAUCUGCUCAUUAACGCUCAGGGAGAAAUCAAACUGGCGGACUUUGGGCUCGCGAGGGCGUUCGGUGUGCCGGUGCGCACAUACACGCACGAAGUCGUGACGUUGUGGUACCGAGCUCCAGAGAUCCUCCUGGGAUGUAAAUAUUACUCCACAGCGGUUGACAUCUGGAGUUUAGGCUGUAUCUUUGCUGAAAUGAUCACCAGAAGAGCAUUGUUUCCCGGUGACUCAGAAAUAGAUCAGCUCUUUCGGAUUUUCCGGACCCUGGGCACCCCGGAUGAGACCGUGUGGCCGGGAGUCACCUCGAUGCCGGACUACAAACCCUCGUUUCCGAAGUGGGCACGACAGGAUCUGUCUAAAGUGGUGCCACCACUGGAUGAGGAUGGCAGAGAUCUUCUCGGGCAAAUGCUGGACUAUGAUCCCAACAAAAGGAUUUCCGCCAAGAACGCGCUGGUCCAUCGGUUCUUUCGGGAUGUCACAAUGCCAGUACCCUCUUUACGCCUCUGAGAUGGCUUGGACUGAAUGUUGGGUUCUUCUGUCAGGAGAAUGAUGUCGGGUUCUUUGGGAACUGUUCCGUUUUAUGAUGACAUAAGCAUUUGUACUUUCUCUCAUUCUCACUCUUGGUUCUUUAUGACAUUUUAAAGAUAUUCACUAUAACAUGUUACUGAAUAUUUUGCUGUUAGUAACCACGUCAGUAAUGUCAUUUCUCAUAACCAUUCUAGUUUAGAAGACACAUUCCAUGUAUAGUUUGAGUUGAAUACGUUGUUAUGGUCAUGUAAGUUCAUAUCACAUGUAACCCUCUGUAUAAAACUUAUAUCUUCAUUGACAUUUCAAUGUUUAUUUCUAUGCUGAGAUUAAAAUUGUCUAAUUAUUGAAAAAGCGCGCAAGUUUGUUUUAUAGCCUCGGAAUAGUUUCGUCACACAUGGCUAUAAAGAGUGGUGUACUGGUGCCUGGAGAAGUGCAUGGGUAUACUUUCUAAUUUAUGCACCCAUUUUUUUUUUUUAAGAAUAAGUCAGUAUGCCCCAUAAAGAAGUGGGUAUACAUUGCACUACACCACUGGCUAUAAAAAAUAGGCUAGGCUUUAAAUAUCUUCAUAAUUUAAACAUCAUAUUACUAUUUAUUCUAUGCAUAUUACCAAUAUGUAUAGUAGUGCUAUCAUAGAUCAGUUCCGUUUAAAAGGUUAAUGUAAAUGGAAAAUAUUGCUAAUUAAUUUUCUGUUUAGUUUUAAAGGGAUAGUUCACCCAAAAAUGAACUAUCUUCAUUUUCUCACUCUCAUGUUGUUACGAACCUGUAUACAUUUUAUUUUUCUGAUGAACUCGAAGGAAGAUGUUUUGAGGAAUGUUUGUAACCAAGCCGAUCAUGAGUGCCAUUAACUUCCAUAGUAGGAUAAAAUAAUACUAUUGAAGUGAAUGGGGCUCAUGAAAAAACAUUCUUCAAAAUAUCUUCCUCUGUGUUCAUCAAAACAAAUACAUUUAUACCGGUUUCCAGCAACAUGAUGGUGAACAAAUGAUGACAGAAUUGAUAUCCUUUAACGCACUAUUAUCAUUGAUACGUUUGAACAUGACAGUCCUGUAAACUUGGGUUCUUGUAUAGUCCACUUGUCAAAUGCACAUGAUAUAAACUGCAAUCUGUAAUCUUCUCGUCUCUUGCUGUGUGCCAAAUAACUAUUGGCAUUUAAAGUGGUCACCAAAAGAAUUAGUCUGUGAACCACAAUGUAGCUUAAUAUUUGUAAUGAAAAUGUGCCCUGUAAAAAAAACUUCA